AUGUACAUCCACAUUUUCCCUGACAGUGACAUACCAAAGGAUCUUUGUCCUCUGUACAGGCCAGGAGAAUGGGAAGACCUUUCUUCUGAAAAAGAUAUCAAUCCUUUCAGCAAAUUCAAAUCCCUUAGCAAGGAGAAGAGGCAGCAGAAUGGCGUUUCAUCCACUGCUCUGGGUGCCAAACAAAUAAAGCCUUCAGAUACAGAAAAGUCUGCUGAUUUUGAAGUUCUUCAGUCUUCUGAGAGUACAGUUUCAAUCAAAUCAAAAUCAUUGGAGUUUUCCAACAACAUCACUGCCACUGAGCAUCUGGAAAAGUCUGCUGCAGAGCCACAUGCCAAGGAGCUUUCUGGGGAGAAGAACGUGUCAGACCUCAAAACCAAAGAGAACUCCCUCCUGGGAGGAGGAGAGGGCGAUUUCAUUGAACUGGAGGAGACGUCCUCUUGUAUGGACAGAGGGUUGAACAGCAAAGGCUCAGUGAUGGAGGGCUUUCUGGCUGACCCCAGGGAGCUGGGGAGAACGAAGCAGCAGGUAACCAAACCCACUGCAGAAGUCCAGGAGCGCUUGACAGUUGAUUCCUUGGAAAAAAAGGACAGUAUUGAACCCAAAGCUGACUUAGACUUAGAGCUGUGUGAAAAGCAAGAUGUUAUUCCAGAAGUAAACAAAUGUGUCAGUUCCCCAACAGGUAAGGUGGAGACUGCAUUGGACACUAAGAAAGAGCUAGAGAAAGAUAAACUUAUUGAAUUUUACCUCAAUAAAGAUGGGAAUGGGUCUCAGUCAUCUGAAGACUUGCACAAGGCUGAAAUCCAGAAAGGUGAAAACAAUAAAGCAAUUGGCAUAGACCUUACACUUAGCAGUUCAAAGUCCCAAGCUAAUGAAGUCCAUACAGUUAAAAGUAUGGAGCUUGAAUCCCGCUAUUUUGAAAGGAAAGCACCUUCAUUAGAAAUCAGCUCAGCAGCAGCAGAGAAAAAGGAUCUGAAAGAGUCUGUGGACUCUUCGUUAGUACCAGCUGUAGACAAGACCUGUCAAGAAGCACAGUUAGACAAUCAAUCAGAAAUCAGACUGUGGCUGCUGCAGAAAAUUCAAGUGCCAAUUGAAGAUAUGCUUCCUUCAAAAGAGGAGAAGAGCAAGACUCCUCCAAUGUUUCUGUGCAUUAAAGUGGGCAAGCCCAUGAGGAAGUCCUUCGCGUCGCAGAGCACCACCAUGUCUCAGCAGUACAGUAAAAAGAUAAAGCAGCCCGAGUACUGGUUUGCUGUUCCUCGGGAAAG